CCCGCGGGGGGAGCUGGUCAGCCGGCGUCGCCGCCGCCAAAGUUUCCCGGAGGAGCCGCGGCCGCCCUUCCUUCUGAGGCCACGGGCGUGGGAGCGAGCCCUCGGGCGAGGACUGCUUGCGAGAGGGCAGCGGAACCCCGUCUCUAGCCAGACCCCGCGCCUCCAUUGCGCCCAACUCGGAUUCCCAACUUGGGAGGCGCCGCGGGCCUGCGCACGCGCGCGCCUUCCUCGCCGCCGCCGCCUCCUCCACCUCCCCUCACUGGGGAGCAGGCUCCGGGCCGAGCCGGGCGCCGAGACCCGCACCCUGAUCGCUAACCCCCGGCUCCGGCCCGCCGCCUCCGCCCAUGCCGACGCCCGUCGCCUACCAGCUGCGCCCUCGCCCGAGGGCCAGCUAAGCGCCGGCCGGCGGCGGCGGCGAAAGGUGGGCCCGGCCCCGGCGCUGCCCUCGACAGCGGCAAGUUUGGGAGUUGCACUAGUUUGCGGGGUGGGGGAGAGGCUGGGCGGGGGGGCCAUGGAGGAGGACCGGGGGUCGGCGCUGGCGGCCGAGUCGGCGCUGGAGAAGAACGUGGCGGAGCUGACGGUCAUGGACGUGUACGACAUCGCGUCGCUCGUGGGCCACGAGUUCGAGCGGGUCAUCGACCAGCACGGCUGCGAGGCCAUCGCGCGCCUCAUGCCCAAGGUCGUGCGUGUCCUGGAGAUCCUGGAGGUGCUCGUCAGCCGCCACCACGUUGCUCCCGAACUGGACGAGCUGCGCCUCGAGCUGGACCGACUGCGACUGGAAAGGAUGGACCGCAUCGAGAAGGAGCGCAAGCACCAGAAGGAGCUGGAGCUGGUGGAGGACGUGUGGCGAGGGGAAGCACAAGACCUCCUUUCUCAGAUCGCUCAGCUGCAAGAGGAGAACAAGCAGCUCAUGACCAACCUCUCCCACAAGGACGUCAGCUUCUCCGAGGAGGAGUUCCAGAAACAUGAAGGCAUGUCAGAGCGGGAGCGGCAGGUGAUGAAGAAGCUGAAGGAGGUGGUGGACAAACAGCGAGAUGAGAUCCGUGCCAAGGAUCGGGAGCUGGGGCUGAAGAAUGAGGAUGUUGAGGCGCUGCAGCAGCAGCAGACUCGGCUGAUGAAGAUCAACCAUGACCUCCGGCAUCGUGUCACAGUGGUAGAGGCCCAAGGGAAGGCCCUGAUUGAACAGAAGGUAGAACUGGAGGCAGAUCUGCAAACCAAGGAGCAGGAGAUGGGCAGCCUGCGGGCGGAACUUGGGAAGCUGCGAGAGAGGCUGCAAGGCGAACCCAACCAAAAUGGAGAGGAGGAGCCUGUGGCGGAGCUGGGCGGAGAAGAGUGUGUCUCCGAGGCGGAGAAGGUGGCCAUGGAUCUCAAGGACCCUAACCGCCCCCGGUUCACACUGCAGGAGCUGCGGGACGUGCUACAUGAAAGGAACGAGCUCAAGUCCAAGGUGUUUUUGUUGCAAGAAGAGCUGGCAUACUACAAGAGUGAAGAAAUCGAAGAGGAGAAUCGAAUACCCCAACCUCCACCCAUUGCCCACCCGAGAAUGUCUCCCCAGCCCGAGUCUGGGAUCAAGCGACUGAUCUUUACAGCCAUAAUGCCCAUGGUAGCAGCCGGACUGAUAAUAGAUGACCCCACCCUGCAGCCUGUCCGACGACUUGUGUCCCUCGUAGGCACUGGAUUUUUUUCUGGUUUCCUUUUGAGCUGUGCCUUUGCAAUGUCUGCUGCGGCUACUGCUGGGGCUGGCCUGUCUCCUCUGGCCCCUUUAGCUGCAUGGCCAUCCCCCUGCGUGUUCCCAUUUGAAGUGGGUGUUGAGUGUGAUUUCAAACGUGUCACCCAUGAACGCUCCAUCUGCACGAGUGAAGCCUUGGAAUUCUGGGCUCUGUCACCGAUAAUUCUUUUUGUCUUUUCUGUUUCCAUUCUAAAACCACCUUGUCCAUGAUCCAGUAAAGAAGGUCCUUUAAGUGACGGGUCAGUAAGCCACACCCACCAUGACCCAUCCCCCUGAGUGACACUAACGCUGUGUUUUUCGAUCUUCACACCCUGGCUUUCUAAACUGCUUUGUUUUGCCAAGCCAUCGUCAGCAAGCCGUUUGAGCUUGUUAACAGGAACAGCAGAAGAGGGGACUUUGUCUUGAUUCUUUCUGUGUCCCCUUGGACAGGAAGUGGCAAGUGGCUUUCCUGCUUGAAUCAGGCAGACAUGAUAUGUAUCAGUGAUGAAUGCGGCUAUAUUUCUGGCCAGCUUAAUUGCUUCGAUUACAUUACAGAAAGAGCUCUCAAAUAACCCAGAAUGAGAGUCAUUCCUUGAUUUGCCAGUGCAUAUAUUGGUUUCAGGAAUAAAAAGAGACUUUACAUAUACAUGUAUAUGUAUGCCUGAGUCCCUUCACUGUUCACUUGGAACUGUCACAACAUUGUUAACCGGCUAUACCCCAGUACAAAGUAAAAAGUUUGAAAACAAACAAACAAAAACAGUCCAAGAAUACAUCAUUAAAAAAGAGAGAGAGUGACUUUAGCUGGUAGAGAGAAUUUCUCCAGGCAGGCUUGGCUUGCCCCAGCUUUACAAUGAAAGACUACUUCAUUCCUGGUAGGAAGUGAUUGUAGGGUCCAGUAACCACAGAAUAGGAAAAUCAUUUUCACCCAAAC